CAUGGCCGCCUCCACAACUAGUCGUUUUGUGCGCUGCGUGUCUAAAGCUUUACCCCGACUCAGCACGACUUGGACACCCGUCAGCUCCUGUAGAUAUGAAAAUGUCUCCGGUUCGACUUUCAUGUCGUGUCGCUAUUAUAUUUCUGGAGUGGAUACGAGUCGAAGAAGAGAAGAAAACAACGUGACAUUGAGGGGGUGUGCAGGGUUUAAUCGGCUCUGUAUGUUCAGCUCGCACGCCUUCCAUAGCAGCUCGGUGUGUCACGAGGAGCAGGAUUUGUACAGCGUGCUGGGAAUCCCACGCACCGCCACGCAGAAAGAGAUCAAGAAAGCGUACUAUCAGCUGGCGAAGAAAUACCAUCCCGAUACAAACCAAGAUGACCCGCAGGCUAAAGAGAAGUUCUCCAAGCUAGCGGAAGCAUACGAGGUUCUGAGCGAUGAAGUAAAACGAAAGCAGUAUGAUACGUACGGUUCGGCGGGGCCGAGUGCAAGCGGAGCGGGGCAGCAGUACUGGCGGAGCAGCACCACCGUGGACCCAGAGGAGCUGUUCAGGAAGAUCUUCGGGGAAUUUACCGGAGCGCAAGGGUUCGGAGACUUCAGCUCCAUUUUCGAACAGCCGCUUGAGUAUGUCAUGGAGCUGACGUUCACCCAGGCAGCCAAAGGAGUGAACAAGGAGAUCACAGUGAACAUCGAGGAUGACUGUCCACGUUGCCAUGGUAAAGGUCACGAGCCGGGCACCAAAGUCACACAGUGUCACUACUGCAACGGCACCGGCAUGGAGUCGGUAAACACGGGCCCGUUUAUGAUGCGUUCCACGUGUCGGCGCUGUGGUGGGCGGGGCUCAAUCAUCAUCACGCCCUGUGUGAUGUGCAGAGGAACAGGCCACACCAAACAGAAAAAGAGCCUCAUGGUGCCUGUACCUGCAGGAGUGGAGGACGGCCAGACGGUGAGGAUGUCCACAGGAAAUAAGCAGGUUUACAUCACGUUCAGAGUCCAGAGGAGUCCAACGUUUCGGCGUGAUGGGCCUGACAUCCACUCUGACGUGAUGAUCUCUGUGGCUCAGGCCAUUCUCGGUGGAACGGCUCGAGCUCAGGGCCUCUACGGGACGGUCGACAUUGCGAUUCCUCCAGGGAUUCAGACAGACCAGAAGAUUCGUCUGGGUGGUAAAGGAAUCGCCCGUGUGAAUGGGUACGGCUACGGAGACCACUACGUCCACAUCAAGGUCAAAGUGCCCAAGAAGUUGAGCCGGAGGCAGCGGGAUCUGAUCCUGAGCUACGCCGAAGAGGAGACUGACGUAGAGGGAUCCGUGAAUGGAGUGACCCGAUCAGCAUCAGCAAGCUCCCAGCAUGCAGCGAAGGAAUCCAGGGCAGACCCGAAGAAUGACGAGGAGCAGCCGGAGAAGGAGGAGGGCGGAUUUUUCUCCAGACUAAAAAAGAUGUUCUCCUGAAGGCAUAGAGAAGGUGAAAGGCCUGUGAGCUGUUAGAGUUCGGAUGCGCAGAAGCUCUCCACUCAUCUCAGGAAGAGAGAGAGAGAGAGAGAAAGCGAUGUACAGAGGAAGAGGAAUGAGAAGAGAGAGGCAUCCAGAGAGCUAUUUCUGUUACCAGAAAUACAGAGCGCUUCGGAUAAUGAGGCUUCUGUUAAUGAAAUCAGUGUACUGAAGUACGAACUCUUUGUGAAGCUCGAAGAUAACGGUUAAUUAACGUAAUCGCACAAUUUGUUCAUGUAAACGUUAUGCUGGUUAAUGUGUAUUUUUCUAAUAUAUAAAAGAAUGAAGUUGUUUCAAAGCGAUAACAAGUGGUAACAUUAAAAAUAACUAUCAAGAAAAAAAAAGUUUGAUGUGUCUCUUGAAUUAAUAGAUUUUGGCAAAUUGCUGUGGUGUAAGAGGAAUAAAACAUUACUUUUCGUCAUUGAAAAAGAAUCAGUUUUGGGCUCCAGCACACCAAAACGUUGUUGAUUAUUUUACUACAACAUGGUAAUGUUUUUUUCCUCACAUAUACAGUAACCAUGAAACUACAGUGAAGCUGAAUGUAAUCGGGGCGGCCAUUUUGUGAACUAAUCACUUCUUCUUCGAAGCACAGUUUGAUAUCAUCAACAUUGCUGCCUCACCACUCCUGGGUUUAAUCCAAAACCUUCUACUUCUUUCUAUCUAUCUACAGCGGGGGAAAUAAGUAUUGGAUGCUUCAACAAUUUUUUUUCAGUAAAUAUAUUUCCAAUGAAGUUAUUCAUAUGAAAUUUUCACCAGACAUCAGUAUUAACUCACGAAAUCUGCAAAUAUAAAGAAUUCACAACAUUAAAGUACGUAAAUAAAGUUAUGUGUAAUAAAGAGGAAUGACGCGGGAAAAAAGUAUUGAACACAUUAAGAAAAAGCAGUUCUCCAAGGCAAGGUAAGGCAAGGAACCAGCUGAAAUCCGUAAGUAAUUAUACCCCCUAUCUGCGUAAAUGAAUAUCAGCUGGGUUAGUAAAUUGAUGGUCUAUAAAAAGGCUUUUCAUUACCAAGGUGUCACACAAGAAACAUCUCAUGAUGGGUAAAAGCGAAGAGCUCUAUCAAGACCUUCACAACCUUAUUGUUGUGAAACGUAUUGAUGGAAUUGGAUACAGACGUAUUUCAAAACUUCUGAAUCCUCCAGUAAGCACCAUCAGGGUCAUUGUCCACAAGUGGAAGCAACAUCACUCCGUCAUCAACUGGCCACGCACAGAUGCUCCUUGCAAGAUUUCUGGCCAGGGAGUCAGAAGAAUAGUCAGAAGAGUAGCCCAAGAGCCAAGGACCACUCGGAAAGCGCUCCAGAAACACUUGGAGGCAGCAGGUGCUAUCGUCACAGAGAAAACAAUAGGCAAUGCACUCCGCUGCUCACGCUCACCAUGCAAGACUCCAUUACUAAAGGAAAGGUAUGUCGAAGCUCGUUUAAAGUUUGCUACAACUCACUUGGACAAGCCUAUGAAAUACUGGGAGAGUGUAGUCUGAUCAGACGAGAGCAACAUUGAACUUUUUGGAUGUCAUACUACACACCAUGUUUGGAGAAGAAAUGGCUCUGCACAUCACCCUAAAAACACUACACCAACAGUGAAGUUUGGAGGUGGAAGCAUCAUGGUGUGGGGCUGUUUUUCAUCACAUGGUACUGGCAGACUUUAUAUAACUGAAGGAAGGAUGAGUGGAGCCCUUUACUGGGAGAUUCUUGAGAAGAAUCCGCUACCAUCCACCAGGAUGAUGAAGAUGAGAUGUGGGUGGAGCUUCCAGCUGGACAACGAUCCAAAGCAUACA